AUGGAUAUGAGUCGACCACAUCUAGGCGUCGGUGACGCCCUUGAGCGAAGGCACUCAGACACAUCUGUGCUUCAAACAUCCCAGAUGGCCCAAUCACUGGAAUUCCCACACCCACACUACGCCAUGAUCUAUCUCGAUCACAACGGCGAGCUUCGAGUGAAAGCAUCCGCCUCAAUUGCUGGCUGUGGUGGCGCUAUCUUCACACCGGAGGUGACAGACAACUUUGUGAAAUUGGCAGCACCAAGCCCUAUGGCCAACAUGCAAUUCCAUCCCAAUCCUACUCAUAUGGCGGACCGAUCACUUUUUGGUGUCCAACAAAACCCUGGUCUGGUGCAUGCCGGGCAGACGAGGCCUGCCGAGCUGAUACCAUGCCAGUUCCUGGACCAGAACAAGCGAAGACGACGCGACUCUAGGAGAGCGAGUACAGCCACUGCUAGACCCAAAUCCACAUCCCCAUCGCCAACUCCUCGACCCGGGCGUACCAUGCUCCGCGUUGGGGACCGGGGUCUGCUACGACGAUACUAUGAGAAGGCAUUCGAAGACUUCCAGCAAUUGAAUUGUCGAGCCAUUGCCAAAUCAUACAUCAAGCUCGUGGAACCGAGAAAACAGGUUCACUUUCCGUACAAUGGACGUAAAGUUAUUGCAGGUGUAUCGCAGCGCGUGGACCCAGAACAGACCAAACCAGCGUGGUGGCCUGUUGGUGUUCUGCACCGGGAGCCGGAUCACCUCCUCAAGCGCGACCGCUUGAAGCUUCUUGUACAUAUCCUCUGUGAGCUCAAGGACAGCCACGGUGUCACUGCCGACAAAUUACGCGAAGCUGGACAGGACGUUCGCCGCCAGAUUAGUCCUGCACAUCGGCUCCAAGUGCUCGAUGAAAUCUAUUUUGUGCGAGAGAUGGAAGAAAGAUAUCUGAACGGAGAGCUAGAUGCAAACGCCCGACUCCAGGUCAUCCACACCCAUCUCCCAGAGGCUAUCUACCACGAGGACGAAUUAUCCUCGAGUAUUUACGUCGCGCCUAUCAAAGCACUAGAUGAUGAGCUGGAUGUCCAAGAUGCCCAAGGCUUUGGAGCCGAACAUGGUUUGCACCUAGACGAUAGUGCUCCCCUGGGACACCCAGGCUCACAGGGCAUACCAUUGUCUCCCACAGCCAGCGAUUCAAGCGGCCCACAUAGCCCGACUUUUGGAGCAUAUCCCACCACUAUGGGCCCGGGCGUGCUGCCGCAGGAGUCUCCUACCACUGUCAAGCAAAUGCCCCUGGAGCCUAAUUAUCUGCCAGGAUAUUAUGGCCAGCAGUUCAUGGCCACUGAAAAAACAGCUCCCGGGGGCUACUGGCCUGCCGUUACUCAUGUCCCCCAAGUUUCACAUUUUGGAUAUUGA